GGGGCCUGCCCGGAGCUUUAAUACAGAUGCGCCUCUCUGCGCGCCCUGCGUUCAGCGGUGGACAGAGCAGACUGCACCAUGACUGCACCCAGCAACACCUACGAUGUGAUAGUGGUCGGCGGAGGGAUAUCAGGUAAGAUCUCAAACUUUCCUCUUCCCUGCGGUUUUUUUUUCUUCCUGUGUGUGCGGAGGGAGCGGGGAUGAUGGCGCAGCGCGGGGCGGUGAUGCGCUUCGUGUGUUCCGAGCGGAGCAGACAACUGUUGCGCGGAAGCUGCUCGUGUUGUUGUAGCUGAUCUGCUGUCAGCUGUGGAUCAAACACACUUUUCUCCUCUGAUCGUGUUUUUUUCCUUCCUCUUCUUCUUCCACGUUUCCCCCCACACUCACGGCUCUUCCGUGAGUCCUCCCCUUCUCUCCCCGCGUGUGCACCGCUGUCUCUCCGAUUAAAUAAGAGCUAAUCAGCCGGAGCAGAGUUUGUCUUACAUAAGAAGAGGGGGGGAUGAUUUCAGCUGGUUGCAGUUUGGACGUGUGUGUGUAAAUCUUCCCCCUCGUCUGUCUGUGUGUGUGUGUGUGUGUGUGUGUGUGUGUGUGUGUGUGUUUACAGAGACUGUGUCAGGUCUGAGUUUGAACUCUCCAUGUUGUCUGUCUGUUUGUGUCUGCAGCAGCAGCUGUGUAGUUCAGGAUGGAAAGGUUACAUGUUUGCAUGAAAAUAACAAGCUGAUUAGGAGAGGAGAGCGUUUCCCCUUCACCACAACAACAUGAGGAGUGCAUGUGAGGAAAGGGGGGGGGGGGGGGGACUUUGUUUCACAUGUGAACACAGACUGUCUUGUUGAGCAACAUUUAUCUGAAGGAUGGAAGGAGGGGUGGGAGGGUGGGGGGUAGUUCCUGGAAAGAGUCCCUAGAGUGGAGUAUGGUGGUUGACACUGCUUCUACUUCUAUUAUGCACACCAUUAUGUCUGCAUGAGUAUGAACUUAAAGCUAGAAAAUAUGGAAAAAUAAGCAUAGGGUAGAGUGGGGUAAGUUGAGCCACCUCCUGUUUCUUGGAAAUGAUAAAAGAAAUUGAUCAUGUGACCAAAUAUUUAGGAGAUGGGCAUCAAUUCAUGGAGUCUGUGAAGGUUAGAAGCACAUGGGUGAAAAGGUUAGACAUUUAUUUCCAACAAAACAACAUUCUUCACUCUUGAAAGUGAAUUUAGUCUGUCAUAAGUUUUAUUAGAAUUGUGUUCACACCAAAAAAGAUCAUUUUAAAUUAACAACUUACCCCAUACACGGGUAAGUUUAUCACAGGAGACCACCUCUUUCUGUCAUGCUAUAUUAUCAAGACAGUUCUGUUUACACUCAUUCUGUUGGUUUGCAGGGAUGAACAACAUUUUGAAAUAUAUGCAGAUACACUAGUUAGAGACAAAACUACGAUUGACUUGAUGUAGUGAUCAGGAAUAUGAAAAAUGGCUCAUCUUACCCCAUACCUAAGUUGCACAAUAAAUUCACUGAUUUUGCAGAAAUGCUCUUCAAAUCUAAGUUUAAUUUGAGGUAAACUUAAACGUUUAAGAUUGUUUGAGCACAUGGAGGACUCUGAUGCAAUGUCAGCGUUUUUGUUUGUUUUUGCAGCUUUAAAGCUGUAAAGUUGGAUAAGUAUUUGAUAACGUGAUAAAGUCACUUUCGAAGAACUCGGUGAGUUUGCAUUUCAAGAAUCCAAAAACUUUAUUGAUAAGCAGUGAAUCCAGAUGAAACAUGUCUAAGAGAUUUGUGUUGAGGAAACAGUUGGACCCUCAAGAGUCUAAACUGAUGACAGAGUGAGUUUCUAAAAGGACCUUUCGUGAGAACAUGAUGGAUUGUAAGGAGGAAGUUGUGGUGAAUCCUGUGACGUUGAAUUUGAUGUGAACUUUAUCAAAGUCCAUCAUCUACCUCUCUGUGACUCCAAACAAACUUUUAUGUUUGGCAAAGUGGACAGACAUCUCAAAUGCUAACGCUGAAAGGCUGUAUUGUGUUAUGAACAAAAUUUAUAAUCAUUUCAAAUUUGAUUCCAGCAAUUAGUUUCUUAAAAGUUGUUGGUUAUAAACAUGACUGGACAUAAAAAGAGAGGCUGAGUCUUUCAGAAGGAAUGAUCAAUAAAGGUUCACCAUUCUGUUCGAGAGACUGUGCGAAUUAAAAGUUUAACAACUCCAGACUAAUAUUCCUGAGUGUAAAAUAUCAAAGAAUGAGUGGAUUUCAUCAUCUGCAGAACAUAAAAUCAUUAAAAGAUUCAGAGAGUCUGGAGUAAUCUCUGUACAAAAAGGACAAGGACCAAACCAAUACUGGAUGGUCCUAAUCUUCAGGCUCUUAGGCAGCACUACAUUCAAAACAGACAGGACUCUGUAGUGGAAAUCCCUGUGCAGACUCAAAGUCACUUCGAGAAACCACUGUCUAACUAGCAUUACAACAAUUUCUCUCAGAGUUUUGUUGUCAGCAUACCAACCUCUUUUAAACUUGUUGCUCAUGUUGAAGUUUCCAUAUUUCACACUUAAAACAAUAUUAGUUUGCAGUUUUAGAAUUUGAUUUGUUGUCUUUACCCAGCUUCCACUCUAUCCUGGUAACCCUGUAGUUGUAGAGUUGACUUGUCAUUAAAAAACCAUACCCUGGAGCCCACAGAAAGGAUUUGGGCCACCAGUUUUUAAUCCUUAUUUUAAUUUCUACGUCUGAAUCUUUUCUCAGAGUUCUAAUGUAAGGGUCAGAGUUCUGGAAAAAUUGUUAAAAAAAAAUCAGACAGUCAAACUCAAAAAGUCAAGAGUUAGAAAUCUAUGAAAAAUCAGAUCAUCCAUUGAAAAAACAUUGAUGUCCAAAAUAAUAGCACAAAAGAGGGUCACCAAGGGUGUAAAAAAGGGUGUAAAAACUCCCUAAGUGACCAUGAUUCUCUGUAAACAUGGUCUAUAUGGCCAGAUGUUCUCUGAAUGGGUCCAUUAGACUCAUAUACACUUUAACAGCAGGUUUGAAAAAUACAUGAUUGUUUUAGGGUGUGGUUUUGUUUACAUUUAAAUGUAACCAAAUCGAAUGUAAACAAACAACAGGAGAUAUUCCAUUAUGACAUCAUCAUGACAUCAUCAUGACAUCAUCAGUAGUGAUAUAGUAUUCGAGGAGAGCGGCUGUCCAGGGUAGGAUCGUUUGAACCUUUCAGCGAGUGACUGCACUUCAAGAAACAGACAAGCGAAUCUAUUAGCAGCAGAACUCUAAGACUAGAAACAGUCAAAGACAAUGUGGCGAUCAAACAGACCAAGGUUGACUCGGACCUUCAACAGGAGGGACAGAGAGAUCGGGGAGCUCCGCAGGAAUACGAAUCUGCUCGCUUUAGAGCUGAGGAGAGAGAGGGAAAUCUGUGAAGAGGAGAGGAACCUAAGACUUCUGCUCAGCCUGAAGUUGGAGGAAACCAAAGACAAGCUGGUCUUACAGAAGAAUCACACGAAAAGGGCUUUUGACAAAUGGAAGGAGACCCAAAAAGAGCUGGACAUGCUAAAAAAGCACAGCUCAGAGGAGGCCCUGUCCAAACACAGGAUUGCUCUGAAGGUGAGGGACAAGAGCAAGAGGAUGAAGAGGAAAGAUCUUCAUGAUCAUUACGAGGAGCUAAAGGCGGCACACAAUGAGGAAAUUAAGAAGAUCACUGCACAAGUUGAGGGUAUGACUAAAGACUACAUGGCACUUUCUGAAGAACUGGGCGAGAUAACCAUCUCAUACCGCGAGCUGAGCUCCAAGUAUAAAAGUCACCUCACUUCUGCGAGACAGCAGGUAGAGACUCUUCAGCGUGAGCAACAAAAUCAGGCUCACCUUGAACAGACCAUCCAGAGUCUGAGAGCCGAAUUGGACGCUGUGCGUCUGAAAAUGACAGAGGAGACUGCUUUUCUGCAGCAGACAGCUUCUGAAACUGAGAAGAGAUACAGGACUGAGCUGGAGGAGCUAAAACAACAGCUCCAAAUCCAGAAAGCCAGUAUGAUGGACUCUGAUGAACUGGUGGAAACUACAGGACCUGCAGAAAUAACCACAUCAAAUACCACCAAACCACCACCUUCAGUCUGGAAACAAACCAGAUACUUCCUGAGGUCAAGAAAGCUGGAGAAGUGGAAAAAAAAACAAUUUCAUUCAAGUUAAAAAGAACUUGAAGUAAAAAAAAAAAAGCUCUCCAAAAUACCUUUACCCUAACCCAUGGGUGGGUUUUUGCAACAAAAAAGAAAGAAAAUAAAAAUGAAAAAAAAAAUAAAAAUAAAACCCUUGUGGUUUUUCCCUCCCAUGGGAGGGUUUUUAAUCCCCCUCCUCGAGCUACCACCUUACCGUGGUGGAGGGGUUUGCGUGUCUCAUUGAUCCUAGGAGCGAUAUUGUCGGGGGCUUUAUGCCUCUGGUAGGAUCACCCAGGGCAAACAGGCCCUGGGGUAGGGACCAGACUAAGCGUAGCUCAAAAAGACCCCUUAUGAUGGACAAAAUAUUUGGCAUCAAGUUUCCCUCGCAUGGAUGUGGGGCAACACAUCAUCACAGUUAGCGCCAAACACAACACUCUUUUGUGCUAUUAUUUCGGACAACAAUGUUUUUUUUUGAACCCAUAUGAGCUCAGGAUGAUUUGAUCUGAUGAUCUGAUUUUUCAUAGAUUUCUAACUCUUGACUUCUUGAGUUUGACUGUCUAAUUUUUUCUAACAAUUUUUUUCAGAACUCUGACCCUUACACUCUGUCAGAACAUUUAUGAUCAUUUUUUUGUCAUCGCCUUGAAGUAAUAAUCACCAUAUUAAUCAUUUUGCACUGCAGACGUAGUAGUUCUUCUGCCUCAGCGUAUCGGUCUGAUUACAUUUCCAUGAAGAAAUGAUCAUAAAUGUUCUUCCUUGAGCUGCGUCACCCCGCUGUAGUCCAUAAUGGACUGGCUUGAGGUCUCUGUUCAAACAAGCAGCUGCUGGAAGAGAGUAGGUGGGUUGUGUUUAGUCAGCAAUGUUAAUCUCUCGACGUUUUACAGUGUGUUUGACCCUAAUUUAAUUUUACGCCCAAAUAUCCCUUAAAACAACAUUAUCAGGUGUGCAGACAAGCUCUCCGUCAGGAUGUUUGACCCUCUGUCUGACCUCCGUCCCUCCUCCUCCUCAUCUUCUCAGACUGAUGGAUCAAUCUGCUGCCUGUCUGCACGUCCAUCAGAGCCUGAUGUAGGUCAGGUGUUGUCAGGACAGAUCACUCUCUAACAAGACAAUAUUUGCUUCAGAAACGAGUAAAUCUAAUAAAUCUGACACGCCGCCGCCCCGCUGGCCGCCCCCCUCUCCUCUUGUGUCACAUUAGGCUCCUUUAAUUACACCAUCAGUUAGAGCUGCUGCCCUUUACUGCCCUGCAAUGAGCUCCACAUAUAACAAUCAGUGUCCAACUAAAGGCCAGAUGACACAAAAAAAGGACAGAGAGCUCUUCAUCUCCUCCUCCUCCUCUUCUUCACCCUCCUCCCCUCCUCUCCCCACACGUCUCUCUGUUCGCCUGCAAAUGUGAUUGUCAUUUUUCUGCCGCCCACAUGGCAGCACGGCGGUCCUUAGCAGAGCACUUUCUGAGGAAACAUUAAACACUUGUGACAGCCUGUUAUCAAACCAGCAGCAGAGAGGAGGAGGAGGAAGAGGAGGAGGAGGAAGAGGAAAGCACUUCUUCCUGUUUUGCUGAGCAGCUGUGAGUGUGGGAAAUCAAACAGGGCCGAGAGAGAGAGAGAGAGAGAGGGAGAGGAGGAAGGAGGCAGAGAUAUGAACGUCUUAGAAUUCAGGAAGCGUGCGUUUGCAGGGAGAGUAAAUAAGGAAGAGGAGGCGGCUGAAAAGAAGAAUCAAAGCUCUGAAACACUCACAGCAUGAAAAAGUAAAAUGAAAAUAGCCUUUUGAUGUCCAGACCUCUGGGUUCACGCUCAAGUAGCAAUACUGCAAAUGAUUUAUGGAACCUGGCUGCAUGUGCACGACUGCAGGCCUGUGCAGGGUUCUUCCUCUGCGCACAUCUUAAACAGAGAAAUAUGCAGAAAAUAUCAAAAUAAUGAAUUUAAGGAGAGAUUUGUUGUAAAUUUUUGUUGAUUUUGCAGAAGCACACCCUAAAAGUUUAGCCCCUCAAAUUAUUAAAGGGAUAUUCCAACGUAAAAUUAAGUGAGGUUUAAACACACCAUAACACAAAGUUAGACCCUUUGCUUCUCUAGUUUUACCAACUGAAGUAACAACCACAUGACAGCAAUACAGUGAGCCAUGCGCUUAACCAAAACGCCACUCUAUAGCCACAAAUAAUGCUCAGAAUGACACCUAACUUCAUCAACAGUACAUAUAGCGUCCCAGCCAUAGUACUAGCCACCAAACAUCUUUUUAACUUUGUCUGAUUUCUUGUUUCACACAAAUCACCCACUCUCUUCCAGCAGCCGCUUGUUUGUACAGAGACCUCAGGUGAGUCCAUUGACUGCUGCAGGGUGCCGCAGCUCAAGGAAGAACAUUUAUGAUCAUUUCUUCAUGGAAAUGCAAUCAGACUGAGACGCUAAGGCAGAAGAACUACCGCGUCUGCAGUGCAAAAAUGAUUAAUAUGAUGAUUAUUACUUCAAAGAAAUGAUAAAGUUAUGAUCAUAAGUGUUCUUCCUUGAGCUGCGGCACCCCGCUGCAGUCGAUGGACUCGCCCAGAGCGGCUGCUGGAAGAGAGUUGUGUAGGAGCUGUUCUGAGCAUUAUUUGUGGCUAUAGAGUGGUGUUUUGGUUGAGGUUUGUUUAUGGCUUCUCAGACCGCUGUGUAUUGCGAUCGUGUGGUCGUUACUAAAGUUGGUUAAACUAGAGAAGCAAGCAGUCGGCAACAUCCAUCUCUCAAGGGGGUGUCUAACCCGGUGUUAUGGUGUGUUUGACCCUAACUUAAUUUUACGCCGGAAUAUCCCUUUAAGUUAAUCAUGCAUUUGUUUAUUUUGAGCAGAAGUAAACAGCACUCAAAUCAUGUGCACAUCUUUUCGUUUUAUAGAAAUAAAAAAGUCAUUAGAUUAUAAAUAAUGUUACAUUAUAUAAUUAGAAAAAUAUAAAAAUAUCUGCAGGUGUAAAUAUCCACUGUGAAGCUGAUGCAUUAAUUAUGUGCACACCCUGACCGCUCACAUAUGCUGGCUGUAUGGAUGACAUAUGUAUGCAGACAGACAGCAGAAGCAUUACUGACUGUCUGUUCUUGAAAAAAAAGGUAUUUAUAAUUUACAGUCAAGUCAGUAUUGUUUGUCUUGUGCUGUGUUUGGCUCAAAGAGAAACUCUGCACUUUUUGCAAAGAUAGAAAAUAGAUGUGAUUGUUUUAGUAUAAGUAUGCGUUCAAAAUGAGUUUGAAAAUAUCAGCAGAAAUCCAGUAUAGUGCACGUAAGUGUCUGCUAACUUGAUAGAGUAGUCUCUUUAAUGUUACCAGUCCAAGAUGUAAUAUUUCAGACCCUGUCUAACCUUUCAUAUAAAAGUCAGAGCUGACAAAGAAUCAAACACAUUUAGCAACUGAGCUGAAUCAGAGAAGAGGAGUGAAGAGGAAUCAGUGCUAACAGCAAAUGAUAAAACGGACAGUAAUGUAACAAAAGCAACAGAACAUACUGAGGUAUAAAAAGUGUUCAACAUGCUGAGUAUCAACAUGUGGAGCAGACUCACAGAGAGCAGUCACUCAAGCGCAGAAGUUAAAAAAAAAGUUUCUCAGGAUCUGGAUGAAAGAAAAAGUGGAAAACAACCUCAGCCUGGGACAGUUCUGCAGGAAUUCAGCUGCAGUGUGAGUGUGGGCUUUAAUAUGAAACAUGUGUCUCUGUUGAACCAAAGACAGGAACAUUAUCUAACUUAAAUCCACUGUUACAAAAUGUGAGAAUUUUAGUAAAAAGUGCAUAAAAAAGUUACAAUUCCUGCAGCAGAGUGGGUGCAAAAAUCUGCUCAGAUAUAAAAUAAGAUCUGUUUUUUGUAGCUUUACUUACAAGUGCACCAAAGUAUAGUUAGAUUGAUGUUUAUUUCAAACACUAGAAGAAUGGAUCAUAUGUUUUUUACAUCUCAGAGAGCAGAUUAGGACAUCCUCUUCACCAGGAGAAAAUAAAUGCGAUGUCCUUAUGAUGGUUCCUGUAAAUGCUGCUCUGUGUGCAGGACGCAGAUGUAAAAACAGUAAUCAGAGAAGAUCUGACGCCCUCCCUCCCUGCUGAUGCUCUGACCUUUCACAUGUUUGUUCAGUAAAUGUCACCCUGAAGUGAGGAGGCUCCUCCUGCAGAACACGCAGACGCUCUGAUGCUGUUAUUGUGUUAAUCGAAGUGAGUAAAGAGGUGUUUGCUUUGGACAUACUUGUGUGUGUAACAGCUCUGAGGUCUUGUGAGGACGUGCUGGCUGCUCUGUAUAAACUUUUUUGGCGUGUUUUGAAAAGCAGCUGUGAUUUAUACUUUCAAACAAAGUCGUAUGAAAUGAAGCAAUGCUGCAGUGAACUUGAAUCUGCAGCAUUCAUCAAUCAUGCACAGAUUUAUUCUGAGGGAGUUUGGUCUCAUUUUCCAGCCACACACACAUAUAUCUGUAACUCUGAUGCGUGUGUGUUUCUCAGUCAUGGCUGCUCAUCUCUUUUGACUUGUAAUCUGAUUUCUCUCUCUUAAAAGACACAAAAGCUGCAGCACUUCAUUCUUAUGAAGCAGCACCAUUCACUCGCCCUCCUUCCUUUCAGUGAAGCUCAAUGGAAACUGUUUCACAAUUUCUUGUCAGUCCUCCAGGAAAAGAUGUCCCCCUCCUCUUAUCUCCAUGCACUUAAAUGAACCCUGUGUUCACUGACGGAUCAACACGGCUGCAAUCCUAGAAAAGUCUCCUCCUGUCAGUCAGCUGUGCAAACAAACAGGCUGCAGGUUAAAUUCAUGAGAAGUGAGCGGCUGUGAUCUCAGCUGUUGUUAAUCAUAUUAAUGGUGGCACUUAUUACAUAAAAACACUUAAAGCUGAUGAAUGGUUGCACAACACAGAGCGUUUUUUUCUUUGUGAUGCUCGGAGUGAGGUCGCUACACGAGCCAGAUGUUUUUCAGGAAUUCAUUCCUGUGUCCACUUCGAUCAUCUCUCUGAGAGUCAAAGACCCACUCCGAUGAAGAUCAUGUUUUUCUUGUUGUCUGCAUGUUUUUAUGGCAUUUUUCUGAUGCUACAGGACAUAUCAUGAGAAACACACUGGGACCGUUUUUGUCAUGUGAUUAUUUCGGACAUCAAUAUUUUUUUUCGAACCUGUAUCCUGUCAAUACAAGCGUUCACAUCAGUGACAUAUUCCCGUCCUGCGAUAUUACGGCAUUUAUUUUUUCUGAUCAUGGUUGAUUUUUCUAAAGUUUCGCAUACUGUGUGUCCACUUCUGACCAAUCAGAUUGCGUGUCGUUGCAACGUCAGAUUCACCAGUAUAUCCAACAUGGCCGACCUGCUGAUUGUUUACGUGUCAGGGAACAGAGUAUUUUAUGAUAAAAAAAACACAAACAUUCCAAAGAUAACGACCUGAAGGACAACUUGUGGAGAGUCAUAGCGUCGGAUUUCUCAUAUGACGAUAGUUUGUGUGCUUUAACAGUUUGCUAAACAUCUUUGUUUUAACUUUCAUCUUGUGCUAACGUAAGCUAACGGUUGGUACCAUACUUUCACGUGCUUAUCUUAUCGCCUCUGAUUGGCUAUAAAAUGACACAGAUAAUGUGAUUUUUGGUUAAAAACUUAAUAAUCACAAUUUAAAGACCACUGAGAACACUUUAAGUAGUAAAAAGAUGGGAGUGGGACUUUAACUUCAGUGUUUGCACGAAGUGGAAAUACUUCUUUAUUGGGAGUCCAGGUAGCUCACCUGGUUGAAGUGAAAAAAUGAGCGUCUACUUUUCAUCAAACAACAACGUCUUAAUGUUGUUCAUGCACUGUUUCCAUUUAAACAUAGAGUUUACAUGUUUUGCAAACCAUAAGAUCGUUUUAUCAACUUUUCCACAGGAUCCAAACUUUUUCAGAACUGCAGUUUUAUUCUCCUGUCAUUGAGAUGAUAAUAAAAACUUAGUGUACCGUUGUAAAAGGACUAUAGAAAAGCCUGACAAUGCAGAAACGGACUCAUUCAGGUAAUGUAGUCUAACUUUUUGUAGCUUUAUACACCAGAGGGCAGUUUAUAACUGCACCAUAUAACUUCAGAUGUAUGCAGUCGUGCAUCAUAUGCAUCAGCUGAGAACAAACUCCAGCACAUAUACAGCCUUUCUGAUUUUGUUUGACUAUGAAUGGAAAUAAACAGUACAAAUGUUUGGCCUUGUAAGUGUUUUUCUUAUCUUUUGGCAGAAAUAUAUUCAUCCUACACUCUCUGUCACUUUUUCAGAUGUGUUGUUGGGUCAUCUUACUCUGGGCUUAACCUUGAAAACACCUUACAGGCUGUUGUUUUGUCUCCAUGUAAACAGAGAAUAAUCAUUACUCCAAUCACUCUGCUGUCUUCUCUCCUUCACGUUUGAAUCCCAUCAUCCUCUGAUUAUUCGUCAAUAUUUCUCUCCUCCGCUUGUCGCUCUUAAACGUCCAAUCAGUGUUUCCGUGUGAGGACACGAGACGGGGAAAUGCGAUUGCUGCUCGGGAUCGAUUCGCAGCCUUUCAGGGCCUGAUUCAAGAGCUGCACCUCUCACUCAGUGGGUAUUGGAUUUUUGGUUUGUGUUCCUGUGAAAAGAACAUUUCGCUAUAAGAUAUAAUAACAACAAAGAAGAAAUCAAACGCAGAACAAGUCAAAAAGGAUGGUGUGAAGCAGCUCUGCAUCAAAAUGAAUCGUCUUAGACAACUGGAAAGCAGAGAGAGAGAGAAGUCUGAGAGUCGUAAACUUUAUCAAACCUGCAAACAGCUGCAGAAAUGAGAUUGAUCCUGCUGUAACAGAUGGAUUUCCACUCAUUAUUUGAACUCAAAUGAACAUUAAUGUGGGCUACAGCCAGCUGCAGAUACUUCUAAACCACUUUACGCAGAAAUGUUGCCAUUUUAAAGGAACAAUCCCCAAUUUAUUAUUUUAAAAAAUCCUUUUUUCUAAUUCUGCAGAAUCUGCUCAUCCACCGUGUUGCAUUCAAGGGUCAUAGAAACUUGUGCAACUGUGUGUUUUCAUGUUAAAUUACAGUGGCAGGGAAGAGAGUCAGUCCAGAAACAGUGGGGGGAUUUCUGAACACACACACAGACACACACACACACACACGCAGAAAGACAGAGUAUACAAAUACAGUUUGUUCCUGCCAAGUGGCUUAAUCUUAACAAUUACUGUUGUCAAGGAAACCGUGUCUUUCCCCUUUCUAUUUUACUGCACAGAGGGCAGAAGAUGAGUGUGUGUUAGUGUGUGUGUGUGUGUGUGUGUGUGUGUGUGUGUGUGUGUGUGUGUGUGUGUGUGUGUGUGCGUUUGCACUAUGAAUCUAUACAAAUGCAUCAGAAAAUUAAGUCAAUCAAAUCUUGUCAGGUAAAGAAAAACAAACAUCUGUAUCCUUCAGCUUGAGAGUAAAGCCUAUUAAAUAAAAACACACAGAAAGGUUUUUUAUUAAUUGAUUGAUAAUUGAUUUCUAAGAUCUCAGAGACAUUUAGGUCAAGCAGAGCCUGGAGGAGCUGCAGGGGGAGGAGAGGGGGAGUGUGGAGAAGCCAGAGGAGAAAGAAAGGAACAAAAGAGCAGAGAGAAAUGAGAGUAAUUUAAUUUUCAUUGUCUGUUAUUGAUUUUAAUGCUGCUGCUGCAACAUCUGCUGCAAUUUAGAACAAUGAAAAGAUCAAACUAAUAUUUAAAAAAAAUAAAUAACUUGAUAAAAUGUCAUGAAAUGUAGAUGAUGAAUGGGAAUUAACUGCAUUUUUUAUUACGUUUGAAAUUAAAUCUUUGCAUUUUUAGAGAGAUUGAACUUAGAGCUGUCCACUUUCUUAUUAGCGCUACAGUCGAUCACAUUUUGCUGCAUUGCAUUAACUAUAGCUGCAUGAACUCCUGCUGCUUCUCAGAGGUUAGAUAUUUCCUCCCUGCACCCUUCACUCACCCACUUUAUCUCCUUCCUCCUUAAAUGCAUCUACACUAAACCAGAGAAGAACACUGCUGAAUGCUCUCCAGCUGCGAGGAUGUGUUUGUUUGAUAAAUAUCGGACAUGAUGUCUUUGGGUUAAAUAACAGAGGAGAGAAUCAGGCUCAGGGGAGGAGGAGGAGGAGGAGGAAUCUGUGUCCUCUCUCUUUGAUUCUCCAGGCUCUGACCUUUUUCCUCCUUGUUUAAUCCCUUUAGGCACACUGCUGCUGCCUGUAGAUUGAAUAGAGAUGUUGUGCAUACCGUUAUUUUCUGUUACCUAAUUCUUUAGGUUCAGUAUGUCAACCUGCUGAAGUCUGAUAGAUCGCAGACUGCAUCUGGUUAGUGUCACAGUGAACGAUUGUGAGGUGUGUGCAUGCGUAUGUACUGUAAGUAAGCAGCAGAAGAACAUUGAGAGACAAACAAAACUGCAGGAAAAAAAAACUGGUGGAAUUUUUAUAAACUCAAGGUCCAGAUUUUCAAGUGUCCACUAGAAGCUGUCUCCCAAAGAGAUGCAGUCCUUAGAGAGCUCCGUGUCAACACUUCACAGUAGAAAUAAACAAGAUUAAGGCUCAGUGCAGAAACAGGUCUCUAGGCUCGCAUAGUUAGUUAGUUUGUUCACAUUAUGCAGCCGUUAAAUCUUUAAAAUGCAUCCAUCAAAAAAGGUAAAAAGAGUGUAAGAGUUAUGCAUACAUUUUCCUCUUUGGGAGCAGGGUUUCCGACAUGAUGUGCUGUUUUUGUAGCCGUUAUAUUUUGUAUAUCAUGAGUGGUGAAGGGACAUGCGUGGGUUUGAGGAAGAAGAGAGUUGUUGUUGUGAGCAACGAACUUGUGUUAAACUAUGAUUAAAUGGUCAAAACUUGACAAAUGAUGGAGCACGCAUGUUUCACUUAUUCCCACAAUAGUUUCACUGAUGGGAGAGGUGAGCAAGGGAAUCUGACCAUUAGAUAUAACUAAAUAUUCCCACAGCUGCUUCUUUUAACUUCUGUCUAAACUUUUAAAACUUUUUUUCAUUCUUCUUUAACUUUGUCUAUUAUUCUCAUUAUAUUGGUGCUGGAAGUUUUGCCUCUGUUUUUAUUGUCAAGUUAUUGCUUUUUAUGAUGAUCUGAUGAAUUCAUGCACUAAAUUCCUUAAAGUCUGACAUAAACGAGGUUAUAUUUGAUCAUUAAACUCAAGAAAUGGAAAUCAAAGUGCUUCAGUAGAAAUCCCUCUUCAUUUUCAACCUAAAAGCAUCUCAAAAUAAAACUUUUUGUUUAUCAUAAACUUUACUUGUUACAUAUAAAUAUAAACUUUUUUACUUAUAGGUUGAGAUUUUCUCCUUACAAAAUACUUUUGAACUAAUUAAUUAAAAUAAACAAAAAAGAAGUGCAGAUGGCAAGAUUUCAUGGCAGGACGUGACUGGUUAGUAUGUUGAUCUUGAAACUGGAGAUAAAAUAGUAUAUAGGCUGUGUCUGGUUAAACUAGUUAAACUUGUUUACCACCUCUUGACCAGAGCGAAGAAUAACAGGCAUGUGGACGUUAACCUGCGAGGAGAACUAAAGACUAGUGGUGCUAGCUCUGCUGAUGUUAGGCCACACACUGUGAACUAAUUUGUCAUUAUUUACCGGAAAACAGUUUGACAAUUGUGCAGAAUUUGAAUUUCUUUUUCAGAACAUUCACUUUUUAGACACUGAGUAAAAAUCUGAGCUUCUAGAUGACAAAAAUAUAAAAGUUUAGUGGAAAGACUUUGAUCCUGUUGCAGCUAUGACAGCCUCUUUUGUGGCUCUCGUCUAAAAAAGCAGUUUCAAGUCUUUGAAAAGUUAAAAACAGUAAAGUUUCCCUGAGAAAGACGGAUAUAUAACAGUUGAAUUCCUUCAGUUUUAUGAAAAUAAUUAAACAUCUUCCUCGUGUGUCUUGUUGCUGCAUGAACAGAAUCUCUUUGUUAAGAAACCGUCUCUGCAUGUUGAUUUUUCCAGCUAAUUCCUCUUCUUUGUUUCACAGAGGUAAACAACAGAGGGAAGCUUUGAAGUGCUGAAACCUCUAUACAGAUCCAUUAGUCAUAUUUAUACAGCACUUUGUGUAGAAAUAAUGUUUCUAUGAAGAAGAUCAAGCCUGUGAUCAAAGCCCCGUCCCAUCAGGACUGUAGUUUCUGCAGUGAUUGCUGUAGGCGUAAACAGCAGCUGCAGACAGACUCUCUUUGUUUUGAAGGCGGACUCUGACCUUUGGAGCUGAGUGCAGGUAAUAACAUCAAUUUAACGGAGGAAGAUUCGUGAUCCCCCUCUAGUCCGGGCUAAUGCGUCCUCAGAGUCCGUCUGGGUGGUUAUGUUUGUACAGGGAGUUCAGUAAUGUAGGACAAACUAUGUGUAAACUUCUAUAAACCUCGGCAGCUUCGGCAGAGCUUAGCAGGAUCUGGAAGGAGAGGAGGUGAGGAAGAAGAGUCGAGAAGCGGGGGGAGAGGGCCAAGAAAACAUUUGCACAGAUGUGAGAACCUGAAGAGAGAAACUCUGAAGUUCUCCUGACGUCUUCAGCUUCAUCAAACCUGAUUAAGACCAAAGAUAUCGCAAACCCAGUGAAAACAAACUGAGCACCUAUCAGCCCAGGCAGUCCUGUUCCCUGAGGAGCGUCUGAAAAACUGAUUCAUGGAGUGUAGCUGUUUAAUUCAUUUAUUAAUUUACCUUCUGCAUGCCUCUACAAUUAGUAACAGUGAGCUCAUUAUCAGAGGAGUUAUUAGAUCUUUGUACGAGCAGGAUUCAUGCUAACAGGCUCAGUGAUGUUCAGUCUUCUCCACAAACUUUUGCGCUGUAGAGUAUCAGCAGUGAGAGGUCUCUAUACAGUAAGAGCUCAUCUGUAUCUUCUGUAAAUCUCUCUUUUUUUCUCUCUUUGUGGUCUCUGCCGCCUGACAAAGUGCAGUGCUGUUCGGCCAUAUGCUGCACACUAAUCCUCUGCAUUUGUUUCUCCUCGCCUAAAUGCAUUUACGUUCUGUCUUAUUGAAUCACGCUUAUGAGAAGGAUUGCCCGAGGUCAGUGUGUGAAAAGCUCUGCGGUCGGUCAGUCGGUGGAUAUGAGAUUCAGGCUCCUGUCUCGGCUCUGACCUCUGUGUUUGCUCACAUGAUCAGCAGGUCAGCUGCUCGCUGGUUCUCAGUGCAUGCUUAGACCUCAUAUACCCACACACCCACACACACCACUGUUUUCCUAAGCCUCUGUGUAUGCACAGGUCACUCAAAAGGCAAAUGUUAGGUUCAUAAUCUGCUUCUUUAUCCUAUUCGAAGAAAGAUCUGUGAGUGGAAAAAAAACACAUUUUCAGCCACUGUAAAAAGUCUGAUUUGAGCAUUGAACCGUAGAAAUGAGCAGCUCUGUGUCAAACAGUCACAUUUAAAAGAGUCAGUUUUAUACUCCAGCUCACAGUGAUCAUGCACAAACAGUAAAGUCAUCUUGCUAUGUUUAGUACAGGAAGUGCAUUACAUUUGACAGUACCUCUAUUUCUGUUUCUAUGCAGGUUUGAGUGCAGCGAAGCUGUUGAGAGCCCAUGGACUGAGUCCAGUGGUGCUGGAGGCCAGGGACCGAGUUGGAGGUCGAACCUUCACUGUGCGGGUAAGACAAGAAGGACACUUAAUAAUAAUAAUAAUAAUGAUAAUAAUAAUGAUGAUGAUGAUGAUCAUGAUAAUGGUGAUGUGUUAAUGAUGAUGAUAAAAAUGAUGAUGAUGAUGAUGAUGAUAAUAAUAAUGAUGAUAAUGAUGAUAAUGAUAAUGGUGAUGAGGAUGUGUUGAUGAUGAUGAGGAUGAUGAUAAUAAUAAUAAUAAUAAUAAUAAUAAUAAUAAUAAUGAUGAUGAUAAUAAUAAUAAUAAAAAUAAUAAUAAUAAUAAUGAUACAUUGUAUCUGUAGUGCCUGUAGUAGGCUCACUGAGUGGGACCUGUAUGCAUAAAACUUGCUUCGCAUAUGUGGUGGCUAAGACAAAAAAAGUCUCUUAUUGUCAUGGUGAAACCCCAACAGGAAGUUCCAUGUUGAGUUUUCAUUCCACCGCGUUUUUGUCCGUUUACAGCGGUGCAUAUUUGCCCAAGCUAGGUGUUUCCCUGGCAGCUCGUCAAACUUCAGUGUCUGGCUAUAAAACAGGAAGUCAUCGUUUUGCCUUCAUUUAGUCUUUGAUCAAUUUGAAAUUUUAUCAAGGUUCACCCUCAAACAUAUCUAUGUAUUGAUCUCUCUGCUACAAUCAUAGCGCCACCCUGUGAGAAUACAUAUUACCUGCUUUUAUGCACAAGAAGCAAAAGAACUUUAUUGAUCCCCGAGGAGAAAUUCAAUGUUUCUUCUGCUUGAUUUUUGUUUCUUUUUCAGAACAAGGAAACAAAAUGGGUCGAUUUGGGCGGAGCUUACAUCGGCCCAACUCAGAACCGCAUCCUCCGAUUGGCCAACGAGUACGGCAUUAAGACCUACAAAGUCAACGAGCAGGAGAACCUGGUGCAUUAUGUCAAGGUGAGUGUCUCAGCCCUGCAUGGUCUUUGAGAUGCCGAGGAUUGUCUGCAGAGGUCUUUUUGAGUUACAGAUUUGCUUCAGAUGCAUUCUUCAGUUUGCAUUGAAACCGUUUUUUUAUGGAUCUCUCAAACAUGUGCAGUCUGAGCCAUUAUCUACAGACAGUAAAUCCUCAUCUUUAACAAUCUCCUGCCAUCAUUCAGCAGUCCAUUGAGGCAUUAAGUGACUUUCCAUUAUCUACUAACGGCUAAAUCUGUGACUGAAAAUACAAACGUCUGGUUGUUCAGCGAGGUUUCUGGAAUUCAAAACAAUAAGAAAAUAUUUUUUAGUUUGCCUGGAAAAAAAAAAAAACACUGUGCAACAAGUCUCUAGACAGACUCUCUACCCACAUAUAGACAGUUUUUGAUCUGUUGUUCAAAAAUCUGUAUUUUUUGCAUGUAAACCACAAGAUUCAGCUUUGUAUUUGGUUAAUUCUUGCGGUCUGGAUAAAACUGCAUGAUAGAAUACAGUUCAGCAUAAAAACAUCCCAAACCUGAUUUGCACCUUUUUAUCAGCAGUUUCUCUCCCUAGAAACAGGUAUUUGAAUGCAAGGUUAGCUAACAUUCUAGUUCUAGUUAGUCAGAGAAAUGCCUCAGUAUUACUGACUAUUCACAGUAAAACUGAGACUCAGCAGAGACAAAUAAACCAAGGCUGGUGGGCAGCCUCCAUUUGACCUCCUGUCUACAGUUAAAGGGAUAUUCCGUCGUAAAAUUAAUUUUGACCCCAACUUAAUUUUACGACGGAAUAUCCCUUUAAGCGGAGACUCUGCACAAAUAGAUUGACGGUUAGCUGGAGUGAAGCCUCUGUGUAACUCAUUGUUUACAGUGAAACUGAGACUCAACACAACAGAUAUACAGCCAGCCAAUGUAAACCCUCUAUUCAAUUUACCAUCCACAGUGAAGGUAAGACUCUGCACAGAUGAACAGUGAAGACUGAAUGUAAGUCCUUGUAAUUCCUUGGAUUGGGCGCUAUCAAACUAGACUAAUGAUGGGUCGUCAGCCAAUGUCAAGAUUCUCAGUUGCAGCCGUUUGGUUGAUUUUCAUGUGCAGCGAAUUAGUGGAAUUAGCAAGAUAACAUUUUUACAACCUGUCAUGAAAGGUGUUCUUGCUGAAGAGCGUCAAUCAUCAGGGCCAAGGAUCUGCUUUGGAAAUAUGGAUAAUUUUGGUGCAUUUGCCCAUUAGCAGCUGAAUGCAUGUUUCCAUCACAGAUAUAUCUGCUCAGAUCUGCAUUUGACCCACUUGACGGUAAGAAGAAGUGACAGCUGAGUUUAAAUGCACUGUCUGGAUUUGGAGCUGGGUUUUCAUUCAAGCUUCGGUCACUGUGAAGAAUACGGUCCAUUUCUGCUUUCCUGUCGGUCCUCAGACUCGCUCAGAGGAUAACAAGAUACCCGGCUUCUGAGCAUCAAACACUCUUCCUGUGCCGUCCUACAUGUCUGCCGAGCAGCAGGCCACCCCUCUCCUCCUCUGCAGCAUUAGCGGCUGGAGAUGCUAAUCUGAGCCUGAGGGUUUUCUGUAAUGUGGUUUCUCUUCUCUGAGUGGUUGAAAGGACGGCACAAACAAACAAAGGAAGUAGGAGAAAGGCUGCUUUUUGUUCUUCCUGCAUAUCUUGUUAGUGUGGGUGCACCGCUGUCCUUAACAGUGUUUAGUUCCUUUACCUGAUUUGAUUUUACCUAUACUGCCUCAUACCCUGCUCGUACUAACUCUACUGUAAAUCACAGGCCUGCUUGAAGUGGCCGAGAGCUUCCUGUGUGAUUGUGAGAGGGCUUAUCUCAAAACUUCAGUCACUGAAUCUUACCCCCAGAGCUGGACUUUCAACCUCUAGCGAAGGGUGUGGACACGAAGUUACACAAACACACUUUCACUGCUAUUUAAAGGAAUACUCAUUCCUGAAACACACACUCUAUGUCAAACUAAACCCCGAACACAGCCGCAUAAACCAUGGAAAACCAUAAUCAUAGUACUGUGAAGGCGUGAAAUUAAAGAUUACAUUUUAUGGGUUUAUGAGGCUUGUUUAAAUGUGAGACCAGUGAGGGAUUAUUAAAGGUGCACACUAGUAAAUAUUGGCGGCAGCUUUGUAUAGAGGAGAUUUCCACUCAGGGAGCAGAGUUAAUACUUUUUUCCACAGCUGCUAUUUGUCCUGAACUGCCCUUGAAUGUACCUACGCUCAUAUAACUUCAUUAUCCAGCUUGACAACCAGCCUGAGUAAAACUAUAUAACAAGAUUAUAAAAGGAACAGAUAUCACCAUCUGCAAGUGGAGCCAAAUUUCAAAAACGGAGACUGUCUUUUUUAUGUUUUAAGAAAGCUUAUUUUGACACUUAAAUACAUGACAAUAGUCUCUCAGUGGCCUCAUAGGUGUCUUUGCUGAAGCAUGUAAGCCUCCAAAUAGCUUUCGGGCACAAAAUGGCAAAAAGUCAGUGAGCCCAGUAUUGAGCCCUGGGGAACACCAAGUUAAAUUUGAUGAAGGGACAGAGUUUUCACGCUUUUGACUGUGGAAAAGAAGCAAACUACCUGAAGCUUGCUCAGAGAAAUUGAAUUUGGACGACUACGACAAGAGGAUGUUGUGAUUCAUGGAGAUAACGCCUUCGUAAGGUUGUUCUAACUCAGCUGUGAACCCGAACUAUCACAGAAGCAGUUUGUUAAUUGUUACACUUUGCCCUCAGUUCUGGUUUUCUUCCUUAUGUCAUCUCAACAUCAUGCGGUUGACUCCUCUCCGGUCAGUGUGCCAGUCAUCUCGCUUCUGUGUCCUUGGCUCUGCUGGUCUAUUGACAUGACCUACUUCUGCAGCGCUGUGAAUGUCAGCAGCAUGACGUUCAGCCCUGGCAGCGGUUAGAGAGUAAAUCUUUGGUUUGGUGAAGGAAGAACUGGAAGAACUGUGAGGCCAUACACACUCAUGUCUAGGAGCUCCUGUGUGUGUGUCUCCUUAGCUACUAUCUCUGCAAGAUCCACUCCAAGGCCCAGAGUCACAUACACACAUGCAAACACACACACACACACACAUCUCGUAGCUUCCUGGCGGGUUUCCAUGGCAGCAGGCCUCAUCAAAAGCUGCUCAGCCCUGUCGGUGUCAGACAGCGUUUUUGUCUGUUUCUUUUUGUGAUUGUGUGUGCUUGUGUUCGCUAAAGCAGCUCUAUUUCUGGUGUCAGUGAUCCCACAGCUGACUUUGCAGAAAUGCUGCCAAGAUCUUCAUUCCCAGACCACUCAGAGUCAAAACUGCAUAACUCCACAGCUAUCUAAAAUCAACACUGACUCCUCUGUACAUGUCAGCGUUUCUCAGUCUCAUCCAGGUGAAAUACCUGAUAAUUUCUUUGCCUACGUUACAUAAUAAUGGUCACAACCUAUUUAACCAGCAAAAACUCCCUCUGAACCUUGUGCCUGAUGUCUUCCCAAACAUUUAAAAUGAAUUUCUACGGUUCAGGUAUGAUUUUUUUCCAUAGCCAAAGCCCUAAAAAGCUUAAUGUUUGCCUGACCAGCAUGGCUUCUGGUGCAUUAGGGGACAACAGGUUUCAUUUAUCAGACGUUUACAAGGCGAGAGUCUAGGUUUAGAGUGUUGCUGUCAGGAAUGAUAAAGUGAUGUGAUCCUCAUCAGCAGUAGGAGAGACAACAACAGCAUUAAUAUUAAAGACAGAACAAGCCAGACUGCAGUGCACAGAAACUAAUCCUGAGGUCCAGGAAAAAAGUAGGAUCUCACUUUUUGACCAUGCAUGAAGAGAAGUGGGCAAAAAUGAUGUGUAUUUACUAAUAAAUCAGUUUUUUUUAAAGGACAGGAGAGUGGAUAGCAGGAAAAUGAGCAGAGAGAGUUUGUAGUGAAUGUGGGAAAGGAGCCAAGAGCUGGAAGUCAAACCAGGCUGACUGCUUGAGGCAUAACCUCAGUAUAUGGGGUGAAGGUGUAGACCCCCAGGCCAGUGCCGCACAGGUGUAUGCAACAUUUAAAUGAGCCGGUGUGCAUUUAUUUGCAUUUAUUAUGCCCCUGACUUUGCCAACUAGCUUCAUUGCAAAACCGCUGACAUCCACUCUUGGGAUGUCAGCAGUCGAUACUUUAAGCUACUGAGAUGCUUGACCCAGAGUAACCUGGUUGACGCAAAUCCUUGGAUUCAGCUUACAAAAAUAUUUUUUGCGAUGAACAUAACCAAAUCAAUUUUGCAAUAGAUAUCUAACACUAAACAAACAAGGAAAAUGCCGGCAGUUAAGGCCCUUCCGGGUCAAACACCUGCCCACAACAGUGACAUGGCUACCUUUAUUCCUGAGCCCCCAGAUAACAGGACAGCGACACCCAAGGCACACAAAGUGAGCUGGAACUCAUAAUAUGUAUCACAGCAACAUAUUUGGCUUCUACAAUGUACAUUAUGCACAAUAUGGUCUUUUUUCAGCUGCUUUUGCUCGCUUGGUCAAGGAAGUAAGCUGGAUAAAAACUGUAAAAUCACUGUCACAUCUGUUAUGAAUCAAACUAUACAAUAAACCGGUGGGAACUUUUCUUCCAUCCAGCUCAUUUUAUAUGUCAGGACUCCAUCAGGAUUAGAGUGCACAGCAGAGCUCUGCGCAUUAGAGAGUGGAGAUGCUGACAGCUCAUCUAUUGCUGCGUUUGAGUUACCUCACAAGUCAGAAGACAAGAUGGCUACAUCUACGAAAGUUAUUUUAGCGCUUGCCUUGUCUGAAUAUAAGCAAGGACAAGGCAAGCGCUAAAGUAACGUUCGUAGAUGUAGCCAUCUUGUUUCCACCUCUGAUUUUGCUUUUUUUCAACUUGGUGCUGGUAACUCGGGUGAGCCGUCAUUCCCAGCUCAGACAUCUGACUUCCGAGGUAACUUGAACGCAACAUAAGUCACAAUAAAAUGGAAAAAUGGAGCAAUCACAUCUGCAAUUUUUUGACAUAGCAGAGAGUGUCUUGGAGUCUUGGAGAUAUUAGCAGCCGCAAUCCAUUCUUCACUAACAUUUGAUAUUUUAGCCCAGCUGGAGAAAAGCAAGGGGGGGUUCAGUGUUACCACUGUUUCUUGACCGGUCAGUCACUUCUGUACCUGGACUUUUUGCUUUAAGUGUCACCUCCAUUAAAAUAACAAUUAAAUCUUGCUCUUUUCCAUUUUAAGCAACACAGAGAAAAACUUUUCGUUCUGCUUCUCCAGUGGAAGUUUCAAAGAAGUUUCUGCCUGACAGUCACUUCAUUGUGUUUUAAUUGUCUAAUUAAAACACAAUGGAGGAGGCCUGAACAGCAGAGAACAUUUGGAGUGAUCCAACUAUAUGACAGUGUCUACAUUACUUCACAGGACAACAGCUGAAAGUAAAGCAGCAUGUGAGCUGAGCGGUUGUGUAAUUAGAGCUAGCUUUCAAGCAAUCCGCGUAGCUAAUCAGCUUUUGUUUGGCAGAUUGUAAUCCAAAGGGCCGGCGCUGGUUUCCCUUAUCAGCAAACUGCUGUCUAACAGACAGCUGCAGCUCUCAGCACAGGAUUUAUUAAUGAGCUAUCACUAUCAGAGAUGGGAAAACAGACUUUGAUUAAAUACUGUGCCCUUAUCAGAGAUCGAGGAGCCUGGGAUUGUCCUGCCACGCCUGCAGCAGGGUGGAUGUGACUGUUUGCACUAAGAACACAAGCAAUCAUUGUGCAAGCAUCUUUACAACCAUAAUACUUUUCUGUUUUAUUGAUACUCCCUAAUAGAGAGAGGGAGCUGUGGGGGGAACUACAAUCUCCUUGAUAAUUUCAUUCAUUUAUUUGGCAGCACUUAAGUAAAAGAUGAGUGCUGUCUUUUUCUUGAUGCUUUGUGCAUGUGUUAGUUUAUUUAGUUUAGUUUAAUAUUUCGAACAUGUGCAUGCAACACAAGAAAGUAAACUGAAAACAAACAAACAUAACCAGUGAGAAUAUUCAAAACAACAAUAACAAUAAUCCAAGCAAAAAGUAAAAAUAAAAAAUAAAAAUAAAAUAUUCUAAUAAUAAUAAUGCGAAUCCAACAUGUCCGAAAAGGAGUAGAAUGAAGCAUUAUGCUUUUUUAACCUACCCCUCUUCCUAAUUAAACAGUCAGGGCUCUAUUUUGGUGCCUCGCCGGAGAUCUGCCGCAAGCGCAGCGUCAAUCAGAUCCGCCGCGCUGACAAGGCGUUCCCAAGCACAUUUUGGUAUUUUGGUGAGCCGCGCAGCCCGGCGUAAGUAUCCCCCCCUCCCUAACUCAGCUCCUCCCAGCACCAUAAGUCGGAGAAAGGGCGUGUAGUGAUUUUAACAAAGCCGAGACCUGUUUUCACCAAUCACAUAAGCUCCUCUCCUUGCCUUUAAAUCCGCCACCGGCGAGGCGUAUUACUAUUUUCAUGAAGUAGUCAAAGAGAUCAAGAGAUGUCUUAAGACAGUAAUGCCACAAGAUGGCGACAGAGGGCAGCUGCUCAACAAGUGUCCUCCACACUCUCUCAUAUGAGCACAGAUGGAUUUAGUGUGCGUAAUGUUGGACCCACUGGUAAGACAAACACCCUUUUCCACAAAUAAAGACACUCACAUAAAGUUGCUCAUAUUCAAACCUCACGUGACAAAGGUGGGUUUAGCGCACAGAUCACAACAUAAACUCCAAAAAUGGCAUUAAAAUUGGAACCAUCUGUGCGUAAAUGACGCAUCGCGCUCCGUGGCCUGGCUCUUUCUUUCAUAGAUGUUGGCAUAUAAAAUAAAUUUGGCUCACAAAACUGAAUAUUAUAAUAUCCGUAUGUCGGCUUAAAGUAGAUCACGCAUCUAAGCACUGAAACAAAUCAUCUGUUCAGCCGCAGCAGCAGCAAGACGGACAGAGGACACGGAGACGUGUCCAGGUCGAGCUGCGCGAGAAAUAAGAGGAAGAGGAAGAAAGAAAAGGAGGGAGACGAAUUACAUAUCGAGUUAACUUCAUCAUGUGUGUAUAUUUACUAGAUAUUUAAUUUAAUUUGAUGCGGUUUCAGCUGUGUUGAUUCGGUCAGGUUGUGUGUCCAAACGCGUGCCAAACGCGCUCAUCAGAUCAGGUAUAGAUCAGAAUAUAUCUAUAUAGAUCUAAAUGUAUGUGCUGACUCAGAUUAAUAGUUGAUGAUGAUUAUUUAUUGCACUGAAAUGUGCCUGACACUGUGGAAACCUGCCGGUGAGGCAUCAGUGACGUAUGUCGAUACGCCGCCGGUCUACCAAAAUACUACUAGACCAGCUGCGUUCCGCCUUGCGCUGAAAGCUGACCAGGUUUGAAUCGGCGAGCUUUCAGCGCACUUUACACGCCGUUGGCGAGCACGAAAAUGUCACUGCGCCAGCUGAUUCUGUCAACACCUCCCCCUGCCACACCACCACGCCCAGCUUGGCGGAUCUCGGCUCGCCUCCGUGCGGCUCAUGCCACGAAAAUACCAAAUUGGCCUUACGCUGGGCUCCGCCAGACGAAAAUACAACUGCGCGGGGCUCGCCGCCCUCCGCCGCCUCACCGGCGCGAACGAAAAUAGAGCCCCCAGUCUCCAGCGUAUUUACAUCAAAUUAACAAAAAAUAAAGUAAAAUAAAAUAGAACAUAGAUAAUAAUAAUUUAAUUUUCUCCAAAAUCCUCAGUGAGCCUUAUAAUCAGGUGCACCAUAUGUAUGAAUUCUGGUUGUGCUUACUGACCUCGAACCGAUUUUAUGUGGUACACAGCGCUCAAAAUCUGUCAAAAUGUUUUAUUAUGACUUCAGUAAGCUACAAAGCUGCACAGCCUGAUGGCUUGUCGGAGCCCUUUGUUUGGCUUAAUGCGCUUUAUAAUCCGGUGCGCCUUAUGUAUGAAAAUAGACACAAAUAGACGCAUUUAUUGAUGGUGCGCCUUAUAAUCGCACCUUAUAGUGCGAAAAAUACGGAAGUGUAAAUAAUAGAACAUAAAUAGUGUAAAUAAUAGAACAUAAAUUGUGUAAAUACAGUGUGUUUUUAAGAGUAGUUUUAGUUUUGAGAAACUUUUCUUAAUGCUUUCAACCAUCUAUUGCAGUAGAAAAUACAAACAAGCUAAAGAAAGCUGAAUACACAAAAUCUUAUUUAAAUUAAAUUGAAACAGAUAUUAAAAAAUUCUUUUAAAAUGCUCCCGAUGGUUUGUAAGCAAAGUCCUCUUUCAAGGAAUCCUGGUCAAUAUCACUGUAAUAUCAUUAAGUAUCAUAUCGUACCAUGUUUUAUCAAACCAAUCUAUCAUAUUCCAUCAUACCUUAAUGUAGCCAAGUCAUAUCAUAUCGUAUCAAAGUGUAAUAAACUCUUUUGGACUGUAUCACUUUGUAAUGUCCUGUCAUAUACCGUCAUGUUUUUUUUAUUAUUUUACUGUUUCAUUCUAUUUUCAUAUCAUUACAUAAUUAAACCUGAGAGUGUUCACGGUUUAAAUCAUGCCUCACCCUCUUUUCAUGAACUGUGUCUGGAUGAACUUUCCUGCUGCCCUCAGCUUCUUCUUCUACUCUGCUGUGAAGCCAGCUUUAAAAAGAUUUAAUGGUGAUUUAAUGGCAGCUCACUGGCUGAAAGGAUGCUGAAGUAAACAAUGUCAUGGUGCUGAUAUGCAAUAAGUCUGAGUUCAGGAUUCGCCUGGUGUUUCUGAAGGAUGUGAAGUCAAUAACUUUUAUUAAGUUGUUUCUGGAACUAAGUUUGGUUUUUUAAUUUCUCAUAUAAGUUCAAACUCAGGAUAAUCUUGAUGCUUUAAGUUUUCAUGGUUUAGCUUCGCACACUUUCGAGCAAGGUAAUAUAAUUUGCAGAGAUUUAACCGUGUAAUCGUGUCUUAUGAAACAUUUGCCUACUUCUGGUCUGAACCAGCCUGAGCAGAUGGUUUGUACAGACUCUGUACACCAACAUGUAAACCGGUGAUGUUUGUGCCAUCGAUCACAGAACAAGAGCUGAUGAAAAAGUGAUCUUACAGACACCCUCAGCUGUGUCUCAGCUCACACUUUUCUCCCUGAGUGAGGCUGAAUCAUUGCUUACCGAUGUGGAAACAGAUGCGGCUUCCUCCUCCUCCUCUUCUGCACCCCCCUCUGUAUUCACUUGGACAGCAUCUCCAUGGUGACAGACCUGUUGUUUCACGGCAACGGUCACUUCUGAUGCUGUACAUUAGGGAGAUGCACAGUCACCUGUGCAGCGGGUAUAGGGGUUAAAUGUGUUUCAUAGUGAAGAAAUAAUAAUACUUGGAGAUAUGUUACUUAAUUAUCCUCAAACUGUCACUUCAUUACUUCGACAAAUUCUCCCCUGGUUGAUGUUGUCAGUAAACAUGGUGUCUUAUCUGCUGUUAUGCUGAUGAUACUCUCUUGUACUUCUGUGUUUUGCCCUCUGACCUCUGUAUGUUGCAGUGAUAUUAAUCGGAAACACAGAACACCUCCUAUUAAAUAGAACAUCUCCCUUACAUCUACUGCCAUCUACAGGUGACCACAUGAACAUGAACAACCAUGAUGCUAGAAAUCAUGGUGUCGAAUUUAGCAGCUGUUAGAAAUCCAGAAGUUGUCAAUUCAAAUGUUUAUCAUCUCAUGAGUGUUUAAAAAUGAUGUUAGAUUUUAGUGAUGCAAAAACUUCAGUAUUUUUUUCAUUUACUCGAAUCUCAGUAGACUUUUAAAAGUUUGUGUUUAAAAGAAGUUUUUAUUCCCUUUAUUAUCACUACAACUUUUGCAGCUUUUGUCGGGAUAAUCAGUUUGAGAUUUUGAAAUAUUCUAUCACAAUAUUUUUAGGGACUAUCAGCAAAGAUAUAUAGGUUUUUAAGGAGAUUUGAGGUUUUUGAUACUUCUUGUGUUUAAAGAGACCACAUAAACAAGAAAAACUUGAAGCUAGAUUUGUUAAACCUUUAAGAAAAAAAACAAAUAUUGAGUAUAACAUUAGUCUUGGGAGGCCAAGAAGUCAAGCUCUGACCACAGUGAAUGUGAAACUGGUCGUUCUAACCAAGCGUCUGUAUUCUGCUUUCUCUUCCUGCUUCUUCUGCAAACUGAUUUGCAACCCCCCCUCACCCCAGCUUCUCUUUUUUACACCGUGCCUGAUUUUACCACCUUUUGCUGGAGUCUGGAUUCUUUGCUGAUGCUCUGCCUCCCCUUGCUUUAUGUAACUGCUCAUGAAACAUAGCGUGGGUGUGCUGUUUUUGCAUUUUUAUGUUUGCGCAUAGAUGGCAGGAAGCUCUACACUGGAGGUUUUUGCUUCUCACCCUGCUAUGACUUUUUGACUUUUUUAUGCAUGUUCAUUAGAGAGGGGAAGUGAGCUGUCCCUACAUGCCGAUAUCACACAGGCAUGUCUCUAAGCAUGUCAUCCCUCUAAGCACAACUCACUGCCUGCAAAUGAUUAACUCUCUUUUACUCUCUCUUGACUCCUGGUCAAUGAAAGUUAGCAAAUAUAUCCUCAAAUGAACUCUAGAGGGAAAAAAUGCUCUCAUUAAACUUUUCCUCUCCAAAACUCAAUUCUCAUUCAAGGGGAGAUUGUUGUAGAUACUUGAUAAAGUGUACUAACAGCUCACUGUUUCAGGAACAAACAGCUCUUUAUGGAUUACUGGUAAAUACUUUGUGUAGGCUGUCCACUGUUGGACUUCUUAUUUGGACACUUAUCAAGCUGUCUCUCAUUAAAGAUCAUGAAGGUGCAUCUUUUCCCGUCGAUUUUAUGGUAAACGAGGGAUUGUUUGAUGCUUUACUGACUCAACUUUGAAGCAAAACUCUGUUGGCUGAUUUCUGAGCUGCUUUAAAACUUUUCGAACACAUAGAGGUGUCAGAAAAAUAUGUGCAGUUUUAUUUUGAUACCACCUGUGAGUGACAGAUGUGAGAUUUAGCAGUCUGUUGACAUGCUGAGUUUUGUUCUGUGACUUUCAACCUCUUUAGAUUGAGAUGUUGGUAUAGUUAGAUAGUUACAAUCAGAGAAAUCAGACAAAUGCACCACUUUUUAUUGUCUUCUGUCAGAGGACGCAGUUUUUAAACCAUCUUAAAGAAAUUGACCUGUCAAGCUCAGAACAGCGAUUCAUGCAUCGGCACACAAACACAAAUAGACCAAUUUAGUUCAUGCGGAGCAAUAAAAGCGAGUCUUUAGAAAGCAGCAAACUUCAAUCUACACGUCUGUGUCAGAAGUGUCCUUGGAUUGUGAACGCUCUUAUCACAGUUUGAUGACUCUGAAUGUUUGAAUCAGCCAUAAAAUCUUAUAUAACUGCAAUAAACACAAACAUUACUCCUCUUUUAAACUCAACUCCGUGAUUAAAGUCCACAUUCAGGGUGACUCAGCAAACUAGUAGUCAGCUAAAGGUCAACUCAGGUGGAUUUUUAGGUCAAAUAACAAUAUCUUCACCUUUUUUCCAAGUUUAACUCUCUGAAAAAGUCCCAAAAAGUUAAAGACUGACCACAUUUAGACAAAAGUAGAAAGUAAAGUUUAUAGAGAGUGUCAGUUUGAGGCUUAAUGGUAAGAUUCUUGUUUAAAAAUAUAGCUUUGCCGAGACUUUGUGACUUAAACUUUAUUCUUUUUUUCAUAAAAUAUUACUCUGUUUCUUUGCUGUUAUUCUUUGCUUAUAUCUGGCGUGUGUACACCACUAAAGUUGUCUUAGUUUAAUUUGAAAAAGUUCUUCAUACAUUUAAAGCUUCACCGCUUUACCUUUUAAUCAAAACAAGGGAAAGAUUUUAACUAAAAUCCUCUUUCAGCUGUUUCAAGAAUGAGUGUAAACUUUGAUCUGUAGUCUGAAAAAAAAGCUCUCUGCUCUGUCAUGUGGACAGGAUAUUUGUCAAAAAUGGAGGAGAACUUGUCUUGAAAAAAUACCCCUUUAGAGUUUGAGCUUAGCCCAAGAUUCCAAGUCUAAACAGCCUCAUGAUACCCAUAUCUACACUUAAAUAAUGAUGGUGUGACUGUCAUUUGUAUAUGUUUUAGAUUCUGUCCAAAUAAAGCUGCUUCAUCUUUCCCUGAAAAUAAACUUUGAUCAAAAAGUCUUUCAGAAAUAACAGAAAAACUGUGAUUUGCCUGAAAACAGCUCAAAAUUUGGGAGGAGCAUCUGCCGCCCUGCAAAAAUAUUUAUUCAAAGUAGGCACCAAAAGUCCACAAUAACGGCCAGUUUCAGGCUCUGAUGUUAAAAGAAGUGAUUUUAUAUAAAAAGUGAUAAUACUGGCUCGUAUGCAAACAAUAUGAGAAAGAAUUGGACCAAUUUUUAGAGAGUAUUUAUUAGACUUUAGUUUAAUCAUCAUUAUAGAGAGUAUGAGAUGAUGAUACUAAUGGUGUUAAUGUUGUUUGUCUAACAGGGGAAGUCGUACCCGUUCAAAGGCUCCUUCCCUCCCAUGUGGAACCCCUUUGUCCUGCUGGACUUCAACAAUCUGUUCAGGACGCUGGACGAGAUGGGCAAGGAGGUAAGGAAAGGAUGCAUCCUUACCGCUUGUUUCAACCGUCAUCAAGAUUUGUGCCCCAUCUGUUUAAAAAUGAAAUGUUUGUUGAUCUUGUUUCAGAUUCCCAGAGAGGCUCCGUGGAGAGCGCCGCACGCUGAGGAGUGGGACAAAAUGAGCAUGCUGCAGCUCCUGGACAAAAUCUGCUGGACCAGGUAACAGAGACUCGAGAGGGUUUGAUCGCUUUUCCUGUCUUUAGAGAGUGAGGCCAGGUUUGAUGGUCAUCGAGAGAAGUCAUGGAGGAAUCUUGUCUGAACAGUCAAAUAAAUCUGUGUAUCAUCUUCUUACAAACAGUCAGAGUCACCUGGUCUUCAAAUAAGUCUCUGAAUAAAGUCUUGACAUGAACAGAGUUUAAACCCUUCAUGUCUUCCCCUCUUUUUAGCACUGUCCGUCGCUUCGCCACCCUCUUUGUCAACGUGAACGUGACCUCUGAACCCCAGGAGGUAUCAGCUCUGUGGUUCCUCUGGUACGUCAAACAGUGUGGAGGAACCAUGAGGAUCUUCUCCACCACAAACGGAGGACAGGUAGGUCUGCAGAGUCGAUAUGAUGUCUUUCUUACUUUUUAAACUCCUGCUUCCCUUUUAGAGGCUUCAACCACAACCUCUAAAUGGUGUUGAGUGUCCCAGAAAUUAAACACUUGAAUCUGGAGAAGGCUAGAUCUAUUUCUAGUGCACAGUUUAUAAAUUUGUGUCUAUAUUAAGGCAUUAAACUCAGACUAAUGGAGGAUCAGAUGAAUGAAAAUCCCUCUAAGUGUCCCUAACUGAACUCGCAGCACAAACAGAAUACUUGAGUAUCGUGUUCCCGCUCCUCCUGAAAGUCUUUCUGCAGAAAAACAGUUCCCUGCAGAGCCGAAGAAGUGUUCUGAGCAGCACCAGUCAGAGGUCUCAGCCUCUUCAAUCAGUCCUAACACGUUUACCUUCAGUCAGCUCGCCAUCAUUACCAGCCUGACAAAAGCUGUUUUCCUGGAGGGCUUUCCAAAGCUGAGUGUUCCUGUUGCCAUGGCCGCAGAGGAAAGGGACUGUCUUUAAAUAAACAGACAUUCUGUCCAAUUGCUGGACCUUCCUGUUUAAGACAUGCUCUCCUGUUUUUGGAUAUAUGAGUACAGUUUGGAAAUGCACAUCCUGGCGUUGGUUUAUAUGAUCCUGUGCAGGUUAUAUCAGAAUACAAACUGGAGCUGGAGUUAGAGCUGCUCCUUUUGCAGCAGAAAGCUCCGACUUGGAUCUUUUGUGUCACUACAAAGUUCUUUUAUCCUCAGAGGAAAGUGGUCAUUACAUUACUGUGGCCUGACUUCAUUAAGAGGGGGACACAGGGGUCCAAGCUCUAGGUUACAGGCCCCACUUCAGCACCGUGGGAGUGGACAACCAGUUCUUUUGUUUUUUGCUGCAUUCAGCAAAAGGAAAUUGUUUGCGCACCACUGUGGUUGGUGAGAGUCUGGGGAACCCACUGGUGGAGUUUUCUGAUCAUCUGGUGCCGCUUCAUGGUGUUAAAGGGAAAUUACAGCGCAAAAUUAAGUUAGGGUCAAACACACCGUAACACUGAGUUAGACACCCCCUUGAGAGAUGAAUGUUGCAGACCACUUGCUUCUCAAGUUAUACCAACUUUAGUAACGACUAAACUAACCUAACUUCAUCAACAGUACAGAUAGAGUCCCAGCCACAGCACUAGCCACCAAACAUCUUUUUAACUUUGUCUAAUUUCUUUAGCAAAGAGACUAAACACAACUCACCUACUCUCUUCCAGCAGCCGCUUGUUUGUAGCGAGACCUCGGGGGAGUCCAAACUGACAGUGGGGUGACGCAGCUCAAGGAAGAACAUUUAUGAUCAUUUCUUUAUCAUUUCCUUGAAGUAAUAAUCACCAUAUUAAUCAUUCUGCACUGCAGACACGGUAGUUCUUCUGCCUUAGCGUCUCUGUCUGAUUGUAUCUCCAUGAAGAAAUGAUCAUAAAUGUUCUUCCUUGAGCUGCGUCACCCUGCUGUAGUCUGUAAUGGACUCAUCUGAGGUCUCUGUACAAACAAGCAGCUGCUGGAAGAGGGUAGGUGAGUUGUUGUUUAGUCUCUUUGCUAAAGAAAUUAGGCAAAGUUAAAAAGAUGUUUGAUGGCUAGUACUAUGGCUGGGACCCUAUAUGUACUGUAGGUGCUGUUCUGAGUAUUAUUUGUGGUUAUAGAGUGGUGCUUUGAUUGAGUGUGUGGCUCCUCAGACCGCUGUGUAUUGCUAUUGUGCAGUCAUUAAAGAAAAGCAGAGAAGCAAGUGGUCAGCAACAUUCAUCUCUCGACAGGGUGUCUAACUUGGUGUUACGGUGUGUUUGACCCUUAAUUAAUUUUACACCAGAAUAUCCCUCUAAUAGCAGAACUGAAGUUACUGAAGAGGCGUCAGGCGAUGCUAUUCUGUCCUUUUAUUUUUGUGCUGUACUUAAACUUGUUGUAUCAUAAAAGUUGAAAUAAACAAUGAAAUCAUAAAAACCCCAUCAUUGAUUCACAUCAAGGACAGCUGUGGGUUACUGUGAGUCCAAGGAUGGACUAAAUCAUGUAGACACAUGCAUUCCUCUUCCUGUGUUUCCCCUGAAAAACAAACUUAUCUUUAAUCAAAAGACAAACACAGUUAGUUUUAAGGCCAAGGCUGAUUUAGAUGUAGCCCCUGAUGUCUGUGGGCUGGCAGGCAAAUUUGUCCAAAUGCCACAGAGAGGCACUCACAGUGUGUUUCUGAUUGGGGAGACACCGACGCUAACCAUACGGAAAAGGUCACAGUGUAUUUCAUUUUCUGUAUCCAAGCUUUGCAGCUCUCUCUCUCUCUCUCUCUCUCUCUCUCUCUCUCUCUCUCUCUCUCUCUCCCUCUCUCUGGAGCAUUACAAACACAUUUCCUCCUCUAGUUUUAGAAGUUAAAUUUUUAGUAAAGCAAACAGAGGCCAGAUGGAGGAUCAACAGUAAAACCUGAAUAAAGCUGCAGAUUUUAUCAGACUGAGUCUGUGAUGUGGGUUUUUUAUGAGGCUACCAGAGUCAAACUCUGAGCUGGAUCAGGCUGCAUUGAAGCAAUUUUACCCAGAAUAAACUAAGCACACCUUGUAAAGUUAGCAUAAAAAAGCUUUAAUAAGUUACCCCCACCUUAGCUGCUCUGAUGGCUGACCCCUGACCUCUCUGUUCACCUGCAGGAAAGGAAGUUUGCAGGCGGCUCGGGUCAGAUCAGUGAGUGCAUGGCGAAGGAGCUGGGAGAGAGGGUGAAGCUGCAGUCUCCGGUCUACAGGAUCGACCAAAGCGGGGACAUGGUGGUGGUGGAGACACUCGACAAACAGACCUACAUGGUAAGAACAAGAAUGCUAAAAUCAUGCAAUACAUCAAAAUAAUAUGUCAUCUUGACUUUUGCGGAUGCUUAACUUGAAUAUUUUUCCUUUUUGCAACAUCAUACUUUUACUCCACCUUAUUACAGGAGUGUUCUGCACAUUGUGCAUUUUCCUUCUACAAGAUUUAUUCCAGCUAUUGACAAUUUUCCUCUGCAACAGCCUGUGAAUACCAAAUAAUAACCUUUCCUUUGUCUUGGAGUCUGUCCUGCAGCAUCAAAUGCAAAGAACAAACUUUGCAUGCAGUAUGCAUUUGAUAAAUACUCACCUCUUUAAAUUAGCUUUCAAAACUUUAUUGCUGCUUACAUGAAAUGCCAGUUUAAGUUUAGGUAAGUUUUGCCCAGGUAGGUCAAAAGAGCGGCUUAACUAAGUCAGGGAAAAUGAAAACAAGUCUCUUCCACCAAAAUAUCUCUUCUUUUUUCAUGGCUUCACUCUUACUUGUUAGUUUAACUCGUUCACACUUGUCUUUUUUGUGUUUUUCCAUUUGCACUCAUCAUACACAACCUCUGCAGCAUGAAUUGAUAGAACUCUUGCUUUGGGUUAUGUUGUUCUCUGCUGCCAUCUACUGGUUUCUCAGUGUGGUGCAGCUCACUCUCUUACCAGUGUUUUGUUUCCUCUCUGAUUUUUAACCUGUUUGUGUUUUAUUUUAGGCCAAGUACGUGAUCCUCGCCACACCCCCGGGUCUGAACCUAAAGAUCCACUUCAACCCUGAGCUGCCCCCGCUGAGGAACCAGCUGAUCCACCGCGUCCCCAUGGGCUCCGUCAUCAAGUGCAUGGUUUACUACAGAGAGAACUUCUGGAGGAAAAAAGGUAGAGAGGGGGAGAGAAUCUGGGAUGUUGUUCGAUCUGGAAAUAUUUGUCUGUUAUGAGCUUUAAUUGCUCACCCGUGUCCAGGUUACUGCGGCAGUAUGGUGAUCGAGGAGGAAGGAGCGCCGAUUGGCCUGACGCUGGAUGACACAAAGCCUGAUGGGAGCGUACCUGCCAUCAUGGGGUGAGUAGAAAAUAUGCAUGCAAAAUUCAAUGAUGCAAAAAAAGAGGGCCUUAUAUAAUUGAGUCUGCAAUGUUGAAAAAUUGUAAUAUUUCUGGAGUAUAAUAACAUGAUCGCAGAACCAAAAGUGCACAAAAUACCCUCAUGCUGUCAUGAAUCACCUGCAGUGUCUAACGCUGCUCCUCUCCCUCUCUUGCAGGUUCAUCCUGGCCCGUAAGUGCAGAAAGCUGUCAGGCCUAAGCAAAGAGGAGAGGUAAAGUGCACUCUGCAGAAAACACAGCAGAUUAAAUCUCUGUCUCUGCUGGAGCUCAGCGUUAACACACUCUACUGUCACCCUCAGGAAGAAGAGGAUCUGUGAGAUCUACUCCAGAGUCCUGGGCACAGACGAGGCUCUGCAUGUGAGUUAGAUUCAGACUAAAACACAGACACACAGAAGUGAGACAGAGAUAUUUACCUCUUCGUGUUUCCUCUUUGCUCUAUCAGCCGGUGCACUAUGAGGAGAAGAACUGGUGUGAGGAGGAGUACUCAGGAGGCUGCUACACGGCCUACUUCCCCCCAGGAAUCCUCACUCAGUACGGCAGGUAAGAUGCAGGACAAAUAUUCACUUUUAGAUGGUUUAGUUAGAAUCUAGAUGACUUCAAUUAUUUCCUAGACAACUAACCAAACAUUCAAAAAGAGGCCAUUUUAAAAUACACUAAAAGUUUUCUUUUGUCUGUCCUGUGUGCAGGGUUCUGAGGGAGCCGGUGGGGAGGUUGUACUUCGCGGGAACAGAGACGGCCACAGAGUGGAGCGGAUACAUGGAGGGAGCGGUGCAGGCUGGCGAGAGAGCAGCCAGAGAGGUCAGAGCACGGAAAAAUACCAGACCCAUGAACAAAACAAGAAGUCAAAACCCAUAAAGUGUUUGCUGUAUCAAGUUUUUACAGCAUUCUGUUCAGUCUUAUUUACUCCAAUCUUCCAGCUCCUCUCUCUGCUGAACCUUAGGGCCUUCGCUGCUGCUCUCCCUGCUUUGAAUUUUCUUGAAUGUUUAUAAAUUAGAGGUAGUGUAAGCUCCACCUGCAUAAGGUUUGGGUAUUUCAUUUGUAAGUGGAAAGCUCUACCACAGGGAUCUUUGCUGCUGCUCUGUCUGCUUCGGUAUUUUUUGUAUGCACAUAUAAUGUUAAGGAGGUGUGCUCUCCCUGCCUCAAGCUUUGGCAUUUGAGGAAAGCACGUGGAAGGGCAGGGGACUUUUAGAAUAGAGCGAUACCGGCAGAAGAAAUUUAUUGCAGGAUUAUAAUUAUAAGUAAUGAAGUUUGAAGAGUCAUGAAAAGCUUCUUGAGCAGUGACGUAACUUCUUGUUUGAAGAUUUUCUGGGGAGUUUGAAACAGCAAAUUUGUUUUAGAAAGACCCUGAAAUAACACUUAAAAACUAGAAUGUACAUCACCUAAAACUGGAUUAUUAAAAUGUUGAUGAGAAGGUGCUGAUUUACAGAUAAGUGUGUUUUGUUGCAGAUCAUGUGUGCGAUGAAUAAAAUCCCAGCAAAUCAGAUCUGGCAGAAGGAGCCGGAGUGUGCGGUGAGAGGAAAUUUUAUUUGUAUUUCAGAUUGAAAUCAAACUCAAAAGUCAAAUGACUGAAACGCUUUUUUCUCUCAUUACAGGAGAUCCCUGCACUUCCCUUCCACACCUCCUUCUGGGAGAGAAACCUGCCUUCUGUCGGGGGCCUCUUGAAGUUCAUCGGGGUCUCCACCUUCCUGUCUGCUGCUGCUGCAGCCGGCCUUCUCGCCUACAAGAAGGGGCUCCUCCCCAGGAGUUAAACCACUCCCCUCCUCACCUGUCCACUCACUCCUCUGCUCCUCCAGGAGGAACAUCUCUACAGACACUCUACCUGUGUACUUUUAGUGUGCAUACUCCAGAGUAGGGAGCUACGUGGAGUAUAAGGAUGUUUUAAUGAGAAACACCCUGCUGUAAGAAAGACUGUACAGCUCAACACAACACUAACAACCGCUCUGUUUAUAAAAAGAGAGAGAGAGAGAGAUUUACAAAGAAAGAGAGAUAAGAGAGAGAGAGAGAGAGAAUAAAGAGGUUCAGAGAUGUAAGGUUUGGAGGAGAGAAGAGGCUCGAGCUUCAGUUUUAAUCUGCAUUUAAUCUGAGAUUCAGAUUGUGAAACAAAUGAAGGAGAAAGAACAGAAUCGAUCUUAAAACAGAGAAAAUAUAUCAGAUAUAAAUCUAUAACUCUUAAUAUUGCAUACAUUGCCAAUGACAUUCAUGUUCUCGAUUCCAUGUGAGUUUAUUAACUCCUCGUGCUUUCUGUCUGUGUGUGUGAUCUUUGUUUGCGUGCAUGUGCACACGCUUCAGCGAGCAUGCAUUUGUGAGUUUGUGUUCAAAGUGUGUGUGUGUGUGUGUCUGAUGAGUGUGUGUGUGUGUGUGUGUGUGUGUGUGUGUGUGUGUGUGUGUGUGUGUGUGUGUGUGCAGUGAGUCUAAUUACCUCUGAUUUUAGGUGCUGAUUUGUUCUGGCUGUGCAGCUGCAGCAGUGUGAUGAAUCACGGUGAAACAUCAGAAAAAAACCGAGCUGUGUCAUUGCCCGUCACAAAACCACAAGAUCAGAAAACCACAGAGCAGAUUUCAUAUUUUAUUUAAGAGGACGAUCUUUAUUUUUCUCUUUCUGUCAACAAAUCUCACGCAAAAACAAACACCACCUUUUUUUUUUUUUUUUAUUGAGUCAUGCCCGUGCAGCUAAAGCUGGAUUCAGUUGUUCUUGACAAAAAAACGAAAAAUACAAAAUGUUCUCACAAACAAACCAAAAGUCAACCUUUGCAGAGCAUAAAAUAUUCCCUUAUUUCACUGGUUGUUUUAAACUGUUGGAGACGGGCAAAAAAAUGAAUGAAAAGACUGAGAUUUUUUGUAUUUUGUUGGAAAAAGAAGACUUGUGCACUAAAAAACAAAAAUUUUUAAAUUUUACACUCCCCUGAAAUGCAAAAAGAAGAGCGCCCCGAUUUUUCUGCAACAGCCCAAAAUCGUCUGCAGUUUGCUUUGUCAAAUGAAAUGCAAUUUCUUGACAUCAUCUGUGCGAAUUUGGUUUUUAUGCACUUUUAAAUGUCCUGCAUCUGCUCAAGUGACUCUUUACAUAUAUCCAUUUUCAGUUUCCCUGAUGGGCUGGAGUCAAACCCAACUCCCAUUGGCUGAGAGGUGAUGUACAGGUUGUUAGCCACUUUUUUAAUACAGCCCCUUACUUUACAUCAGGUUGUAUAAUCUGAUUAAAUCCUAGGAAAAAGGCUCAUCUGUAUCUGAUCUAAAUUCUCAUCAGAAUUGGAGCUCUUUCUCUUUUUUCCCUCCUUUCCUUCUUCCCUGUAUAAUUAUGAAUCUGGACUCAUACCGCCUCGGGAAAUCCUCAAAUCUCUCACUCAAGUGGAAACAUUUUCAACUUGUGUGGACGCAUCAAGUCAACUCAGUUUUAUUUAUAAAUCCAUGAAUCAUAAAUUCGCCUCAAGGGGGCAACGUAUUCACUUCAUAGCGGUAGUUUGUUUUAAAUUUAUCCCUCAAUGCUGACCUCGUGCCAGAUAUUACUCACUGGAGCUCCGGAGCUUCAGCUGGAAAUAGUCUCCAAUUGAAUUUACUUUUUACUCUUAAGCUGUUUCAGGUUUUCAAAAUCAUCAGAUAUUUGUCAGCUGUUUUUACAGAAUAAAUCACAGAUGUUUACCUGGGAUUUGUUGACACUAAGAAACAAAUUUAAAAGCUUUUAUUUCCACAGAUAAAAUGCGUUUUAAGAGGUGAAUCAGUGUGAUUAUGCUGCUCUGUUUGUCUGUUUGUUUUUAAUGUAACAGAAGCAUUUGAAUGUAUUCUCCUCACACCGGAUAACACAAACUCUUUGUUGCUUUAUCACGAUCAGAGGUGUGAGAGAUAUCAAUUUAUUAUUUUAGGUGCAUUUUUAUUGAAAGCCAUUUUUAACUAAAGCCCAAAUGCUCCUGCUUUGAAUGCCUGUAUGUAGCAAGAUUACAAAACACUAUUUUUAAUCUUUGGGUUUAAUUAGCAUUUAUAUCACACCACUUUUGUUUCCUCCUAAUUAGUCCCUGUAGUCAGUGGGUUAAAGCUCCUGCGAGGAAAAUUUGGUUUGUGCUGGUUUUGGUGCCCCCUGUGGGUAAAGGUUUCCUCUUGUCUCUUUGCUAAUUUCUUCAUGGAUAACGUGAACAAAGUCCAUUCCUACAGCAUGCUCUAAAUCACUUUAUCUGACACUGAUCCACUGACACUGUUUACAGGCAAUAAAUAAAAAUAAAAAGACACUAUCGAUCUUUUUCUUGAUGGUCUAGUUUGUUUUUGUAGCUUAAGAAGAGGCAACAUCAACAUUUAGGUAAUUUUAAAUGGGACCCCUGGUCGAAGUAAGGUUAAAUUUGGUGGUAUAGAUCAAUUCUGAGAGCUCUUUUAACCUCCAAUUAGUUAUGCAAAAUGCCAAAAUCUGAGGCAGGGAGAGCAGCAGCAAAGACUGCAUAAAGUAGAGCUCCCUGGUUUUCCCUCAUACAUGCAUUAAAUGCCAAAGCCUUAGACAGGGAGUACUCCUCUCCUAUAAAACAUUUAUAUUCAAGAGCAGCAGAGGCAGGCAGAGAAACAGCAAAGACCUACCCACUGCACAAUGCGACGUCGAAAUGACAUCUAUUUAACGUAUUUUUUCGACAACGAGGUAGAAAUGUGGACGUCAUUUCAACGUUUAAAAGAGGUCCAAUAAAGACGUCUAAAGCUUGGAUAUAUUUAUCACAUUGUGCCGACGUCUAGAUUUGGUCUUCAGAUGACGUCCAAAUUUUAAACGUCAGAGCGAUGUCUAAAAAGGGUCCAAUUUGGACGUAGAAAUGUCUAACCUAUAAUGCACGUCGCACUGACAUCUAGAUGUGGUCUUUGAUGGACCGACCCAAUACUGACUUGUCCUGUACGUCUCUUCGACGUCCAAUGUUUGGUGGGUACCUAAGGUAGAGCUCACUGGUUUCCCAUAUGCAUACAUGAAAAAGCCAAUGUCUAAGGAGAGUACAGUUUUCCUUUCCAGGCAUCUCCAAACUCUUCCACAAAGGGCCGGUGUGGCUGCAGGUUUUUCUUCCAACCAAGCAUCAGCAGCAGCAGAAACACACCAGACUUGAUUCAUUUCAUCAGCUGAUCUUGGUCUUCAGACAGCUGGUUGGUCAGACUGCGUGCUCUUGACUGGUUGGAAGAAAAAUCCGCAGCCACAUCAGCCCUUUGUGAAAUAGUUUGGAGAGUUUAAUUGAUUGACAUGAGGGACAUGCAGGGAGAGCAGCAGCAAAGAUCCCAGAUCCAACAGAACAGAUCAGACAUGAUUGCCAAACCUUAUCAAUAUCCAAUGACAGAGGAGGACUUGGCAGACUAAAGCAGUUUAAAUAAAAGUCUAAUUUUGAUGCUGAUGAACUGUGGGCGGAGCUUGAUUUUAUUGCCUGCCUGAACUAACACUAUUCUCAGUUGUGUUAAAGAACUAACUAUAAAGACCUCACAGGAGCUUUUAAACACGCACCUUGUUUUAUUUUAUUUUAGCACUGAAUUGUAACAAAAAUUAUUUCUUGAAUCACAUUAAAAUAGUGAUAAAUACUUGGAAAAUGGUUAUUAAGUCUAUCUUGUACAAUGAAAACAAAGCUGAGUAUGUGCGGUAAAGGCUUAGUCAGAUUGCAAACACUUCAACAGCAUCUUCAAUGAGCUAAAAUGACCAAUGAUGUGUGUCUAGAGUGGAAAUAAAGGUCUCAAUGUAGACAUGAAGAGGACCAAUCAUUACAUGUUUGAACCUAAGAGAGUUCCUCUGUCUGUGUGUCUGUUUUUAGAGGGCGUCAUCAUAGUGUGUGUGCUCACUGAGGGGAAUCACACUAUUAACCUCCCAAAGAUCUGUAUGUGUGUGUAUGCAUGUAAGUAAGUGAGUGUGUGGUGAUCUGUUGUGCCUUAAUGGAAGUCAUAGUGUAUUUGUCAUUUCUCUUAAAGUGCCUGUGUGACUCUCUGACACUCACUGUCACCCAUCACCUCACCCCUGAACCCUUUCCCACCCUGCCUGCACCAGACGUCAGAGGUCAAACUGACCGGCUGAUUGGUAGCAUCUCUAAUAAUGAUGUUCAGGGUCCAGAAAUAAGUAAAUACCAGAGCAGUGGUUUACUGGGACUUCAACACAACAGGCUGUUAAAAGGUUUUUGAUUUACUGACAGAUAUAAUAAAAGAGAAGUAGAGAAAUCGUCACUUUUCAGAAGCUGGAACCAACAAAUCUCGACUGAAACAAUCAAGCAGUUCUUUAAAAAGUCGGCAUUUUACCAGUCAAGUGACCAUUUCAGCUUUGUACCUAAUGUUUAUCUCAGCCUGUUUCUGGGCUAAUAUCAUUAAAAACCUGCUUUCAGUCCUCGGUGUGAACUUGAAUAAGGUGCAGGCAGGUGUAUAACUGCAGUAUCAGCUGUGACUGAGCUCAGACUGUUAGAUUGAUCAAUCUGCUUCUCUCCGGUGUCUCUGUGUCUGUUUUGUGUUGUGAUUGUAGUGUUCCUCUAUCUGUCCUCCUGUUUUGUGUGUUUCCCUCUCUUUCCGUUGGACAAAGAUGUCGCUCACAUUUCAACCUGUUUUUCUAACUCCAGUGAACAAAGAAAGCCAGCACACUCUUUCCGUCCUACUUUACUACAGGUUUACACAAUCAGCAGGAAUAAUGUACCAUCAUUAAUUCAAAACGCACAGUUUUCUGGAGACUAAAGACUGCUCUUCUUCUUCUUCUUGUCUUUUUGUGCACUCAAACCCACCAACGUCGCUGUGACUGAUUCUUUAAUGUCUUUGAUUCUUUAAACAAAGCUGGUGAUAUUUAAAGAAAAAAAUGUGAAAUAAAUCUUUUACUCGUCUUAAA